AGGUAAGCUUGCCGGAAGUUGAUAAAGGGGAUUUCCCAAAUGAUUAUCCGGUUGGAUCUGACGGAGAAAUGUGACGACAACGUGUCUCCACUACUAGAACAAAAUGCCAGGCAAGACAAAGGUGUCUUCGGCUCGGGAGGCUAAGAUGUGUGUGUCGUGUUUGCGGACAUCCAGCCAGUCCUAUGCCUGUGCCCGGUGCUACCUUGUCACCUACUGCUCUCAGCGGUGCUGUGAACAACACUGGUCCAAACACAAAGAUGACUGCAAGUUUGUCACCUGGCACCGCAAACAUGUUGGGUGGAACUUCUGUCACUCCUGCUUCGUGCACGCCUGUCCACAUGCCUCCUCCAAGCUGAAGAGAUGUGGAGGAUGUUUGAGAGUGAGCUAUUGUUCUCGAGAAUGUCAAGACAACGACUGGCGGUAUCACGCUCCAAUCUGUACAAACGACAAGAACCGAGAUAAGCCGAAAUACACAACCAGGUUGGAGGACCUGCCAUCGGAGAUACACGAGCGGGACUUGCAGGGUCGCGCAAUCAACACCAAGGCAGAUGAAGAGGCGGAGAAAGCCAGUUCCAAGAAGAAAGGCAAGAAGAAACAGAUGCCUCUGACAGAGGAGAACUCUGAUGGUGGCGAGCUAGAGACGCAGCUCACGAAGGAGAAGCAGUUCCGACUUGAGCUGCAGACGUUGCGGCAGAAAGAGGAGGAGGUGAAGAGGCAGCAGCAGCUCCGCUUCCAGUCCCAGACGGAGCGAGAAGGAUCCAUGGAGCCGGAAAUGUGGGAGAAGAAAUGGAAGCAGAGUAAGAGAAUCCCCAGUCUGCAAGCAAAGGGACAGACUCCCUCUCAUACCAUCCAGCAGACUCACUACCGUAUCCGCAUCUCCAAUACCCCCCCGGUUCUCCACGAGGGCUUCCGGCGGAACGCAGACAACACUGCCAGCUACGAGGAGGAGAUCGAGGAGAAGCAGCCAGAUGGCACCAUCACCAUCAAGAAGACCUACAUCACCAACGGGGUUAUCGAGAAUGAUGCUCAGUUUAACGAGAUCACACGGCAGUUUGGUAUGGAGUUUUCCCAUCACCCGGGCGGAACAUUAGCAGAUCCUGACUCCGAUAGUGACUACAACCUUGUACCCUAUGAGCCUGUAUUGAAGGAUCAGUGCACAGGCAAUGAAGUGAUGACAGCCUUGUUGCAGUGUUUCUCCAGAGGUCACUGGGAUGGAGCCCGUUACCAGAGUACACUGGGGUGGAGCCUGUUACCAGAGAUCACUGGGAUGGAGCCUGUUACCAGAGAUCACCGGGGUGGAGCCUGUUACCAGAGAUCACUGGGAUGGAGCCUGUUACCAGAGAUCACUGGGAUGGAGCUUGUUACCAGAGGUCACUGGGAUGGAGCCUGUUACCAGAGGUCACUGGGAUGGAGCUUGUUACAUGAGGUCACUGGGAUGGAGCCUGUUACCAGAGGUCAUUGGGGUGGAGCCUGUUACCAGAGGUCACAGGGAUGGAGCUUGUUACCAGAGGUCAUUGGGGUGGAGCCUGUUACCAGAGGUCGCUGGAAUGGAGCCUGUUACCAGAGGUCACUGGGAUGGAGCCUGUUACCAGAGAUCACUGGGGUGGAGCCUGUUACCAGAGAUCACUGGGAUGGAGCCUGUUACCAGAGUACACUGGGAUGGAGCCUGUUACCAGAGGUCGCUGGAAUGGAGCUUGUUACCAGAGGUCAUUGGGAUGGAGCCUGUUACCAGAGGUCACUGGGAUGGAGCCUGUUACCAGAGGUCAUUGGGGUGGAGCCUGUUACCAGAGGUCACUGGGAUGGAGCCUGUUACCAGAGAGAUCACUGGGAUGGAGCCUGUUACCAGAGGUCACUGGGAUGGAGCCUGUUACCAGAGGUCACUCGGGUGGAGCCUGUUACCAGAGGUCACUCGGAUGGAGCCUGUUACCAGAGUACACUGGGAUGGAGCCUGUUCCCAGAGAUCACUGGGGUGGAGCCUAUUCCCAGAGGUCGCUGUGACGGAGCCUGUUACCAGAGAUCACUGGGAUGGAGCCUGUUACCAGAGGUCACUGGGAUGGAGCCUAUUCCCAGAGGUCGCUGUGACGGAGCCUGUUUCCAGAGAUCACUGGGGUGGAGCCUAUUCCCAGAGGUCGCUGUGACGGAGCCUGUUUCCAGAGAUCACUGGGAUGGAGCCUGUUACCAGAGGUCACUGGGAUGGAGCCUGUUACCAGAGUACACUGGGGUGGAGCCUGUUACCAGAGUACACUGGGGUGGAGCCUGUUACCAGAGUACACUGGGAUGGAGCCUGUUACCAGAGGUCACUGGGAUAGAGCCUGUUACCAGAGGUCACUGGGAUGGAGCCUGUUACCAGAGGUCACUGGGAUGGAGCCUGUUACCAGAGUACACUGGGAUGGAGCCUGUUACCAGAGUACACUGGGGUGGAGCCUGUUCCUUGAGAUCACUGGGGUGGAGCCUGUUCCUUGAGAUCACUGGGAUGGAGCCUGUUACCAGAGGUCACUCGGAUGGAGCCUGUUACCAGAGUACACUGGGAUGGAGCCUGUUACCAGAGUAUACUGGGAUGGAGCCUGUUACCAGAAUCAAUAUGUCAACAAACAGUAUGUGCAGCUUUUGUGAGAAGAAAUCUCCCAAAUUAAAAGCAUGCUCCAAAUGCCAUCUAACUCCAUAUUGCUCAAAGGAAUGUCAGAGGAAAGACUGGAAAAGGCACAAACUGUGGUGUGAAGGGAUUCAGAAAAGUUUAAGCAGCAGAGAAGCUUCUCCACGAGAACUCGAUGCAACAAAUAUAGAACGACAAAUAUCAUCUCCUGGAGCUAACUCUGGUGGUCCGCAUGAAGCCAAGGGAAAGAAGAGUCAUGGAAACCACAAUGGACCUGCCUCACAAGAAAGGAGAGCCUGCAACUGGUGCCAGAAGGUGUGUGAGGAGUAUCAAAGAUGCUCCAGAUGCAAGACCACUCUGUACUGCUCACCCGUGUGUCAGAGAAAGGAUUGGCUCGAUGGUCAUCAGAAGGAUUGCAAGCCUUUGGUUCCACAGUCUGCAUCUGCUCCACCCAUGAAACAAAAAGACAAAGCUGCAGGCGAACACAGAGACCAAGCAAAUGCAACAGAAGAAAAUCCUCAGGGACAGGUUUCCUAUUUGUGCGAAUGGUGUCAGAUAUAUAUCGAUUUACCCUUACGCUGUUCUGGAUGUACAAGUGUUACCUAUUGCUCAGAAGAAUGCAAGAUGAAGGAUUGGGAAUCAGAACACAAAAUCAAGUGUGAAAGGAACAGGAAGCCAAAAGGGGUCAAGCAAACGAGUCCGUCCGAACCACCAGAAGCUGAUCCAUGUGAUACCAGUACAGACCCACCAGUACCACAUGGUGCUGAAGGUAUGUCAACAUUUUGUUCUUGGUGCCAAACGUUUCUUGAUCAUCCUAUGAAAUGUACAGGAUGUAGAAAGGUUGCCUAUUGCUCAAAGGAGUGUCAGAAGAAGGCAUGGGCGAAGGAUCAUCAUAUGGUGUGCAAAGGGAAAACACAGCCCGGUGAGAAGACAGCUGAACUGUCCGCGGCUUCUACAAAAGACAGAGAGAAGGAAGGAGCAACUGCAGUGGCUGCGUCUGAUGUUCCAGACUGUGAAAUAUGCCAUCUAUGCAAGAAGAGAGGCGAUGGAAUGAAGAAAUGUGCUCGAUGCAAGACAGUACUAUACUGCUCAAAGACAUGUCAGAGGAUGGACUGGCCUCAGCACAAACUUGAAUGCGUUACCGUUGAUGGCGUCAUCAAAACAAAGGAAUUCCAGAAAGCUGAAGUAGAAUCUCGUCGGGCUGCUGAAGCUGCUGGUGGACCUCGCAUGAUGUAUGCUGACCUCUUGGCACAGAUGAUGGGAUUCGGGCCAGCAUUUGAACCUUCAUUCAAUGCCGGGCCAAGGAUGGGCUGGUCAGAGGCUAAGCGUAUAGCUGCAACAAAGUUUCUGGGUUAUGACAUUAUAGACUCUCUCGAUGAGUUACCCAGAGAAUUCUUGUGGUUAACACCAGUUACUCAGAACCGAGUACUUUUGGUCAAUAUCAGUGGCUUACACCCAUACCAAACGAGGCAUGCCAUCUACAUAAAGGAUGUGAACAAGGAGGAGACGUUUGUGAUGUUCUACGUGGACUUCGACAGCCCCUACCCUUACUUCUCCUGGUCACAACUCACACCCGGCAACUACAUCUGUAUCGAGAACGCAGUGUUCCACAACUUCAUGGAUGGCACAACAGGCAUCCGAGUUGAUGAAGCGUCGGAUGUCAGGAUCAUAUGAGUUACAUUCUUGGCUGCUCGUAUGAGGUGAGGUGAGGUGAAAUGGGGUUUAACGUCGCGUCCAAGAUUAUUGUACUUAUAUAGCGACGUGCAUGCACGUGUGUGUAUGGCUGCUUGUACUAGCCCGGACUGAUGCCGAUUUAUAGUGCUAGCUCACUGAGAUACCAUGCCGCAGUUUAACAUGAAUACCCCACUCAGACACAGUAUACUGACUCCGAGCCGACCAGUCCUUGUUUUAACCCCUUAAUGCCGAGCGCCUGACAGGGUAACAACAAGUACCAUCUUUUAACGUCUUUUGGUAUGACGCGGUCGGGGAUCGUACCCCGGACCUUUCGCUCUCCGGGCGGACGUUCUGCCACUAGACCACGGAGGCGGUCAUUGCUCGUAUGAACUGGAGGACUCUUUAAGUUCACAUAUCAUUCAGAUCGCUGGUGAAAGUUAUUUUUAGUAACAUUGCAUAUGUCCAUGGCAUCAUAACGUGAAAUUGUAAGAGAUUAUACUGUAAACAUUUCGUGAGUUAGAGUUGACCCUGUUAUUGUUUGUGACAUAUUUGUUCGUUUGAAUAUUCCGGAUGUUCAUUUGUUUAUAUUCAAAAUGUUUUUUUUGUAGUUUAGUUUGAACUCACAUUGGACUAAUGUUAAUGCGACAAUGUAGGUCAUGGCAAGUUGGCUGUGGUCAGUCGUGGGGCAAGGUUUGUAAACACCUUAUUUGAAACUAGUUUGGGUGAACUAGUAGUUAUCUCCCUUGUUUCAUACACGAGCAUGUGGAAACUCGCCAGGAGUUGGUGUUGAACCCAUCUAAAUAGAACAUGUUGUUAUGAUAUUUAAGUUAUAUUUUACCAAGCAUCGUGGAAUUGUGUUUUAAUCUGUAUAUCAUAAUACCCUAUCAGAUGGAAGGGAUCGUUUCUCAGUCUUCAAGCAAUCAGCUUGUCUAGAUUAUUUAUAUGCGGCUGUGCUAUAAGUUUAACCUUGCUGAAGUGUUUUCUUUUGUCGCUUUUAUUUAUAAAUUAAAGGUAAUUGAACCAGUUAGGUUACAGAUGGUUGUGUUAUGUGAUUUACUAGCAUUCUGUAAACUGUUUUGUGACAUUUAGGAUUUCAACACAAUAAUUUCCUGUCAUUAUUAGCCAAUAAAUGUUGCUUAUUUAUACCUUUGUGCGCAGGUGAAAUAUGUUCUGCACUUUGUUAUAAAAUGGGAGUUGCCGGCAUCGCUUGUGUCCAUAAUUCCAUAAUUUCGAAGUUAAGAAGUAAAUUGUAAAAUCCCUCCAAA